AUGGUGGAAUCAUCGCGUCGUUCAAAAACUGUCACUAUGGAAACUGGCGGUCUACCAUUGGUUUCGACGUUCGCUCUUCUCACCAUCGUUGCUGGUCAGCUGCAAGGAUCAGGGUACAGUGAACAAGAGCCGGAGUUUCUGUCACCCCUUGAGAAUCUGACAGUAGCCCAAGGCAGAGAUGUACAGUUCACUUGUACAGUUCAUCAUCUGGGUACAUAUAAGGUGGCAUGGAUAAAAUCGGACACGAAGACAAUAAUUGCAAUACAUACCCAUAUGGUCACACUCAAUCCACGGCUGUCUGUUACACAUAACGGGCAUAAUACCUGGAAGCUGUACAUCAACAGCGUCGAACCUAAGGAUUCUGGGACCUACAUGUGCCAGUUAAAUACCGACCCCAUGAAGAGCCAGAUGGGUCACUUAUCAGUGGUAAUACCACCAGACAUCGCUGAUGACGACGGCUCAGAAGCUAGCACACUUGAAGGCGGAGCAGUGGAGCUGCGCUGUACUGCCACUGGCGUGCCGCCACCGACCAUAUCCUGGAAACGGACUGGUGGGCGAAAUAUUGUAUUUCGUGAUGAUAACGGAAAGGAGGUGCAAGUGGUGGAGAGCUUCGUAGGUUCGACACUGGCGUUGAAGGGACUUCAGCGAUCCGACAUGGGAACCUAUUUGUGCAUUGCUGCGAACGGAAUCCCGCCUACCAAGAGUCGUCGCUAUGAUGUUGCUGUUUUAUUCGAGCCGAUUGUACGAGUGAGUAGUCCGGUUGUGUUACGUGCGGCGGAUAUGCAAGUCACUCUGCAAUGUUAUGUGGAGGCUUCACCGAAGUCGCUCAAUACUUGGCAGCGUGGAAAAUCACAUGCCGGAGGGAAAUUGCUGAACAGUUCAAAAUACGUUAUAUCGGAAGAAAAUUUAAACGAGUACUCAUUACGGAUGAACCUUACCAUCAAUCGACUGAAGAAGGGGGAUUUCGGCGAAUACACAUGCGGGGCGGCCAAUGCAUACGGAAGAGCCGAAGGCGUUAUAACGCUGAAAGAGACACCGCAGCGCACCACGACCACUACUACAACAACAACGACUACUACAACAACACCUCGGCCAACAACAACAACGAUCGCGACUACACGACUUCCAAAACGUUAUCCUAAGAAACAGCAAGACCGCACCAGUCAAAAUGCGCUCGACUCCGAUAUGCGACAAGCGGAGCUAAACAACGCCUUUAAUUUCUACAGCAAUGCCUUUAAUCCACUCAACAACACACAACAUCACAAUGAAUAUGCACAGAGAACAGAAAAACAAAAAGUACGACCAACUCCGGGACUAACUCGUCACUAUGUUGUGUACAGUAAAGCCAAUACAAUCCACGCAUAUAUACCCUUUAUUAUUUUGAUAAAAAUCAUUGUAUAG